ACACACACACACCCACACCCUCCACAAUGCAAGAGCAGCACAUCGCAAUAGCUCCGGCAUUACUCAUUUUGCACUGCAGCUGAAACCUAACAGCAGACAGACGCAGUCUCUCUCUUUUUGUAUCUCUGCCUGUCUCUCUCUCUCUCACUCUAACUCUCGCUGCAGAAUCCCCCCUCCCCUCUCACUACAGCAUGGCGCUGCCCCUGAGAAAGGUGCCUGCACAGGUCUUGCUGUGCGGGGAGUUCACUCUCUCCACCAGCUCCAAGGACAGGUACUCUGUGAUCCUGAGCAGCACGGAGCUGCAGGUCCAGAAGACCGGACAGACCCCGCUGCUCCUCCAGCUACUCGACUGCCUUGGCUGCCGGGCUUUUAAAGGGGAGGACAGCUCAGACACCGGGGCUUAUUUCUCUGCCUACUUCUAUCCCUUUAAGAAGAGAAGGAUGAACUCAGGGGCGGUAAGGCAAAGGGUCGUCCAGACUUUUAGGGUCGAAGUGUCCCAGGACCCCCUGGAGAAUCUGAAAGAGGCUGAGAAAUGGGCUCAAGCAAUCCAGGACAGCUCCAUUCAGCAGCUUCCCAAACAAGAAGGUCAGCUGUACAGUCUGCUGCCACGCCCCUGCAGGUUGCUGGUCCUGGUGAACCCUCACAGUGGGACGGGCCACGCACUGCCGCUCUUCCACAGCCACGUCCAGGGCAUGCUGACCGAGGCGGGUGCACAGUACACCCUGCUGGUUACAGAGCGGCAGAAUCACGCCCGUGAGCUGCUCCAGGAGGCUGACUUGUCGCAGUGGGACGCCCUGGUCGUCCUGUCAGGAGACGGGCUGUUGUUUGAGGUUGUGAAUGGGCUGAUGGCACGGGCAGACUGGGAGGACGCUGUUCGGAAGCCGCUGGGAAUCCUGCCUGGGGGCUCUGGGAACGCGGUGGCCACCUCUAUCAACCACUACUCUGGGAGGCAGACCCUCUCCAGUAAGGAGCUGCUGCUGAACUGCACCUUCCUGCUGUGCAAGGGGCUAGUCUCCCCGCUGGACCUGGCUUCCGUCACCACGGCCUCCGGCAAGCGGCACUUCUCCUUCCUGAGUGUGGCCUGGGGCUUUGUGUCCGACGUGGACAUCGAGAGUGAGAAGUACCGGCUCAUGGGGGCGGCUCGCUUCACUGUGGGCACUCUGAUGCAGCUGGCUGCCUUGCGUGUGUACCGAGGCAGGCUGGCAUACCUCCCUGCCCAGGAGCUCCCGGCCCCGGGCCUGGCUGAGGGCUCCCCUGACCUGCCAGGCGGAGCUUCCCUGCGCUGCCUCCCAGGGAAGACCCCGUCCGAGAGCAACAGAGCCCCCCACACCCUAUACAACUCUUCCAACUCCAACAACUCAGGCAAGGUGCCAUCGCUGGGGGUGCAGGGCCCUGCCGACGUGCUCCUGGCCCCACUGGACCAGCCCGUGCCCGCUCACUGGACCAUGGUGAAGGAGGAGCACUUUGUGCUGGUGCUGGUUGUGUACCAGUCCCACCUCUCCCAGGACCUGCUGGCGGCCCCCGCGGCCACUCUGGGAGACGGGCUCCUCCACCUCUUCUACGUAAGGGCUGGCAUCUCCAGGGCUGCCCUCCUGCGCCUCUUCCUGGCCAUGGAGAAGGGUACCCACCUGGAGCUCCGCUGUCCCCACCUGAGCUACGUGCCAGUCCGGGCUUUCCGCCUGGAGCCCUACACGCCCAAGGGGGUGAUCACGGUGGACGGGGAGGCGGUGGAGUACGGCCCCAUCCAAGUGCAGGUCCACAGAGGGCUGGGGAGGCUGAUCGCCGGCUGAACCCAAGCACUUGCUCUGCACUGGACUUUUUGUCAUUUGUUUGCUGUGAACAAUCUUGAACUGGAAAAAUCUUACUGUACAUUUGGAGAGGGUUUGAGAGAUUUGCGGUACAUAAAAAG